AUGUCUCUCCUUCCGCCCUUCUUCUUCUUCUUCUUCUUCUUCUUCUUCUUCUUCUUCUUCUUCAACUUAAGAGAAGCUGGAGAAAACAAAGAUUCGCAUCCAGGACCUAACUAUUCUCGAGAAAAUGGGAAAGAGCGAAAUUCCUCAACUCGGAUGUCGGAAUCUUGUACGGCAUGCCUCAUGGAAGGCUCCAUACAGAGGAAUCAGAUCUUGCAUGGCUUUUCUCUCAAGUCAUUCCGUUACACCUGGUCCUACCUGACCCCCUUUCCUGCCGACCGAAAAGAAAAGAAAAACAAAGCUCAACCAAAGAGGGUUACAUCCAACGUGAUGGCCGGGGUUCUCAUUCGUUGCCAGCCCAUUGGCGAUGCUUUAACUUUCCUGGGGAUCGAGUCGGUCGAAGAGCGGAAAUCGAGGCAUUCAGUCACGUUCACUCAUGAUGUGGGACGGUCUUUAGAAGGAAACCUGCACCGGACGACAUCAGAAGAUGAAGAUGAAGGAGUGCGUGAUUUCGAAGGCAUCUCCAACCAGGCUGCGCGCGCUCUUGGCGGCGCCUUCGUGUCGAGCCAUUUAGGCACCCUCCCACACCUAUCCCCGAGAAAGGCCAAUCCAAACCUCCAGCUAGCUAGAAUAAGAAUCCCCUCGCUGCAUUUCGCCAUCUUAUCUUCUAUAAGCUUCCGGUAG